AUGUCAGCCAUCGCUUGUGUGAUUGUUUGCUUCCUCUCGAUAUACUGCUGUAGGCCUCAUGAAGAGAUCACCGAUGUUGUAGAACCUCAACACCCCACUGCUACCUUGAUAUUUCUACAUGGAGCUGGUGAAAGUGGUCCUGAAAUAAGAAGACUUGUCGAAAAACUCUCCGGUGGGUUCUCCAAUUAUCCUAACCUUAGGCUCGUCUUCCCAACAGCUGGAGCAAAGACUUUUAGUCCUUUUCCAUGGAAUGGCCAAGUAGUCAAUAUUUGGUACAAUUUCGACUCUCUUGACAUUGCAACGAAGGAAAAUAAUACACAAAUUCAUGAAUCAGCGAUGGUGAUUGAAAAACUGGUCGAAGAACAGGUGUUAUCUGGUAUACCGCAUAAAAAUAUAUGCGUGGCUGGAUUCUCCAGCGGCGGAUUGAUGUCGCUGCAUUUAGGCUACGAAUACAUCAAAAACUUGGGCUGUGUUGGAGCAAUGUCUGCUUUCUUGCCUACAUCUAGUGCACUUUACGAGAAACUAAUCAACCAACGGGAUGAAGUUGUAAGCGACCUACCUCCUCUUUAUAUAUCUGGAGGAAGGUUGGACUUCUUCAUCCUCCCCAAAUGGAUGAAGACAACUGUAGAUGCGUUCCAGACAGGAGGAGUCAAUGUAACAUCAGUUUCUCAGUUGGAAGCCAGUCACUUUUUGACGAGGAAGUCAGUCAGGGGUCUUCUUGAGUUUGUUCAGAAGACGAUUUUCUAA